AUGAAAAUGAAAAAUUUUCUAUCAAAAUCUCUUUUAGUAUUACUAAUUGGUUUAAUUGGAGUUAAAAGCGCUGAUUUAUCAGACUGUUUCUCUUCACGUUCAACUUGGUACGAAGCCAUUCAACAUGGAAAUUGUGGUUAUGAACAAUUGACUGGAAAACUUGGACCUGGUAAUCUUAUGAUUGCCGCUGCUGCUACUGCACUUUAUAAUGGUUCUUUUGCUUGUGGUGAGUGUUAUGAAAUUUAUGGACCAGGGGGUACUGGUAAAGUAAUGAUUGUUGAUCAAUGUCCAGAUCCAGGUUGGUGUGAUACUCCAUUCCCACAUUUAGAUUUAAGUCCAACAGCAUUUAAUACUACAAUUGGUAGUACAGUUGGUGUUGCAAUGACAACAGUUAAAAAGGUUAGUUGUGAUGUUACUGGUAAUAUUAAAGCCUAUAUGAAAGAUGCAGCUACAACAAAUACAUGGUUUGAAUUUAUGGUAUUUAAUCAUAGAGUUGGUAUUGCAUCAAUUUCAGUUGAGGAUUCAAAGGGUACCAUUACAUCACUUCCAAGAAGAUUAUACAAUUAUUGGACAUACAAUGGUAAUGCAGCCAGUUUCCCAGUGAUUGCACAUGUUUAUUCAAUCUAUGGUGACCAAGUUGAUAUCUAUCUCACCUCAUCAGCUGGUGCUCAAUUAUAUGAAGGUGUUGGCCAAUUUGCAGAUCCAGCAACUACAUUUGCCGAUGAUUGUACAGCUCCAUUCCCAGUUGACACCGAUGGUUACAUCUAUGAUAAUGGUUUAGUUAAACCAUUGAAUUAUAAUCAUCCAAAUUUAGGUUGGUCCGAUUGGUCAAAUGGAGUAACCGUCAAUUGGGCAGAUUCUUCAACACCAGGUGCUGAUUCAACUUCAAAGGUUGUUGCAAGUGGUACACUCGCCUAUAAUACAGGUAUUCAAAUUGGUACUGAUUUACCAGUAGAAUGGGAAGGUAGAUUCACCGCUUUGGAAUUUUACAUUAAAGCUGAUAAAGAUUUCACUGGUUUAGUUGUCGAAUAUAAUGGUGCUUCAAAAUCUCAAACACCAUCACUCACAACUACUUGGACAAAAUACACUUAUGAUCUAACCAAGGAUUUAGGUGCACCUGCUUCACUCGGUAAACCAGCUGCUCUUAAAUUUAGAAAUAAUGGUUCAGGUUCUGUUAAAGUUUAUUUAGAUAAAAUACGUUUAACUCCAGUUGCCUCUAGUUAA